CCCUGGGCUGAAAAAUGAAAAAGAUUCUUCUCUUUGCUGCUGUACUGUCAGUGGCAUUAACUGUUGCAAAUGCUGAAUUCUGCAGUACUAAUCAAACUGGCUCUGUACGUUUGGUAUGGGGAUCAGGACCCUGGGAAGGGAACCUGCAAGUUUGUCUCAAUGGUGUAUGGGGCUGGGUCUGUCACAAUGCCUUCGGCACUACUGAUGCAAGGGUUGUCUGUAGACAAUUAGGAUAUACUAUCACAGGAGCUGCAGCAAAAACUAGUUCAUACUAUGGCUGGGGUAAUGGGACUAUACUAAUGGACUAUGUCAGUUGUACUGGGUCUGAAACUAGUAUAACUAGCUGUGGCUACAAUACAGUUCUUACCAGCUCUUGCAUUCAUAGUAGAUUAGCUGGAGUUGUUUGUCAAAGUGGAGGGACUUGUACAAACAAUAAUAUUCGUUUGAUUACUGCAUCAUCAUCUUACAGAUCUCAUGGUCGUGUUGAAUUUUGUCGUAACAAUCAGUGGGGGACUAUUUGCGAUAAUGGUUGGGAUAAUUCAGAUGCUAGAGUAGUUUGUAGGCAAUUGGGAUUUGACACUUCACAAUACAGUUACUCUUGUUGUGCGGGUUAUGGACGAGGCUAUGUACCAAUUAGGAUCAGGAAUGUUGGUUGUUCCAGCAGUUACAGUAGGCUCUCUUCAUGCAGUUACAUUGCCAAUUCUGCUGGCUGUUCUAGCUCUGAAGUAGCUGGUGUGGCAUGCUAUGGAAGAGUCACUAGUUCUUGUACCAAUGGGCAGUUUAGACUGUGGAAAUCAUUUAGUGACACAGGACCUAGUAAUCAAGGAAUCCUGUUGUAUUGUAAAAGUGGAGCAUGGAGAACUGUCUGCAGCUACAGGUUCAAUUGUUAUACUGCAAAACUAAUAUGUAAAGCAAUGGGAUAUCCUGGAGCACUUGGUACCACAAGUUAUAGCUAUUAUGGUCGAUACUAUACAGGUUAUUAUGACACAUACUAUUGGUCAUGCAGUUCUACUAGAACUUCAUUAUCACAAUGUUCAUACGUUAAUUCAAGAUACUGUUGUUCUACAAGCUACUAUGGUGGCUGUAGAUCAUAUUGUAAUAGGUGCACUGCCUCAAGAGCAGUUGGUCUUAUUUGUUAUUCUCCUUCUCAAGAAUCUGGUACUUGUGUUAAUGGUACUGUAAGACUAGUCAAUGGAUCUACCAGUAAUGAAGGAAGAGUAGAGUAUUGUUAUGAUGGGGACUGGGUACCUUCCUGUGGUAUGUCAUCAAUCACUGCUUCACUCAUAUGCAAACAGCUAGGAUACAAUUCUACUUAUGCUAGUGUUUUUAACGAUGAACGAUUUGGACGGGCCAACAGCAGGAAUCUCUUAAAUUACAAGUUCUGCAGUAGCACUCACCAGUCAUUAUCUCAAUGUACUAACGUGAUAAAACAAAGUUCAUGUUAUAUUACACCUUCAAGCUGUUCCAUAGAGUAUGGGCUGCGUUGCUACAGUACUGGUUCAUGUACAAAUGAUGGUGAGAUCCGACUGGUCAAUGGUACAAUAGAGCAAGAAGGUAGAGCUGAAAUAUGUCUCAAUGGAGUAUGGGGGGCUAUCUGUCAAACUAGUUGGGGUAGAUAUGAUGCUUUGGUAUUCUGUAAAGGAUUGGGAUACAGAGGAGCAGGCCCAAUUGCACGUUCUAAUGCUUAUUUUGGUGAAACAAAUGGUCCUGUUCUGUUUAGUAACUUUGGUUGUGGGGGCUAUGAGUCUGGGAUUUAUAGCUGCUCUAAAUCAAGUCAGCCCAACUUCAACUGCACUCAGCAGUACACUGCUGGUGUGACAUGCAAAGACUCUUGUAGUAAUGGCCAGUUGAAAUUAAGAGGUGGAAAGUAUUUCAAUGAAGGAACUGUUCUUGUCUGUUACAAUAACAUGUGGGGCUUAAUAUCGGAUACUGCAUGGAGCGAUGGAGAUGCUAAAGUUGUCUGUAGUAGACUGGGCUAUCGCAAUGGAAUUGCUAAGUCAAUCCGUGGCUCAUACUAUGGUAAACCAAGGCUCCCUGUUCAUUUUAAGCAUGUGUCAUGUUUUGGACAAGAGACUAGCAUCAUUCAAUGCUCUAAGACCAUACUCUCACUGGAUAGUGGUAAACUAACUCUCAACACUGAUGAUGUAGCUGGGGUUGACUGCAUACACGAUGAACCAACUGAAUGUAUUGCACCACCAUCAUGGAUCAACACUGAAGGAUCACAGUGUCAGUCUAAUGGUACUAUCAGAUUAGAAGGUAGUGAGGAGAGAGGGACUGGUAGAUUAGAGUAUUGUUAUAAUGGAUACUGGUCACCAUUCUGUAAGCUGGACCCUGUGGCGGCUUCUGUUGUCUGUAAACAGCUUGGAUUUGUUAAUUAUACAGCUGCUUCUGUCAUUUCUACAACUGCUUUUGGAGUUGUUCAAAACUUUAGUCUUUUUAAUAAUAUUGUUUGCAAUGGAACUGAAGAUAAUGUCUCAGAUUGUGUGGUCCAAACAUCAGAAUGCAUUCCAUUGUGUCCAAAAAAUAUCGGAAUAAAAUGCUUUAAUCCUGGUAUGUGUACUAAUGGUGACAUUAGACUAGUUGAUGGUAUCAUUGAGAAUGAAGGAAGAGUUGAAAUAUGUACUGAUGGAGUCUGGGGAGCUGUCUGUGAUGAAGGAUGGGAUAAGACUGAUGCUCAUGUUGCCUGCACACAGCUAGGGCAUUCUGAUAAAGAGCCGGUAGUAUUUCUCAACUCAAUCUUUGGUGCUGGUCAGUAUCCAAUUGUGCAUUCCAAUUUUGCUUGUGGAGGAUGGGAAACUAAUUUAACAGACUGUAGCAGGACAGUCUAUCCACAGUUUAACUGUUCCAGGAACAAUACUGCAGGAGUAUUGUGUGGAUAUGAUUGUGAAGAUGGUGAGAUACGAUUGGUAGGUAGUGAAUGGAACUAUGAAGGAACAAUAGAGAUUUGUCAUGAUCAUAUUUGGGGCCUUAUUUCUGAUUCAAGUUGGAGUACACAAAGUGCUGAAGUAGUGUGCAGGCAAUUAGGAUACCAGAUAGAUGGAACUCAUCCAUAUUAUCGUUCUCAUUUUGGUAAACCACCUAACAAGACAAUACACAUAUCAAAUAUAGGCUGUACUGGCCACGAGAGGACAAUCAGUGACUGUACAAGAACAACUCUUUCCCUAGAGGAAGGAAAGACUAUGAUACCUCAGACUAAUGUAGCUGGUGUGAAGUGCUAUACUCCUGAUCAAUGCAUUCCUCCUCCAACUGGAGGAGUAUCAUGUACUAGUGGACGCAUUAGACUAACUGGUGGUAGGUCUGGUGUUGCUGAAGGGAAUGUAGAGUACUGCUAUCAUGGAUCAUGGUCACUGUUUUGUUCACUUGGACCACAAGAAGCAGUAGUAGCUUGCAGACAGCUAGGAUAUGAGCAAUAUGACGUAACAGCAGUGUUUGAUGAUGGAAGGUUUGGAUUAUCCAGUGUCAAUAGCCUGUUUCAGAAUGUGUCAUGUAUUGAUGCUCCAACUGCUACAUCAUUAAGUGAAUGUGAUCUUGUUGAUAAAUGUCAAUCAAAGUGUCAGUACCCCAUUGGUCUACGCUGUUAUGAAUCAAUUGGUGAAUGUGAAGAAGGAUCAGUGCGUCUUGUUAAUGGUAGUACAGGAGAGUCUGGGAGAUUGGAAGUCUGUACUAAUAAUAUUUGGGGGAGUGUAUGUGGCAGAGGAUUCAGUGUAACUGAUGCAUAUGUAGUGUGUAGACAAAUGGGGCUUGGAGAAUCUGAACCAACUGUUUAUACUGAUUCAUAUUUUGGUGAUGGUAAUGAAGCUAUCAUUUAUUCUGAUUUCAAUUGUGGAGGAUAUGAAGAGACUGUUAGUGAAUGUCGCAAGAGAAAACAUGGCUCCUUUACUUGUUCACGUAGCAAUACAGUUGGGAUCAUCUGUAGAGAUAAUUGCUCUAACUCUGAUGUACGUUUGGUUGGUGGUCCAACUGAUUACGAAGGUAUACUUCAAGUGUGUUAUUAUAAUACCUGGGGGCUUGUGUCUGCUAAUGGAUGGACUGACAGAGAAGCAUCAGUAGUCUGUAAACAACUGAACUAUAAUGCAUCAAGAGGUGUUUCUGUUAAUGGUUCACAUUAUGAAGCAUCAAGGAGGACCAUACAACUUAUUAAUGUUGCCUGCACUAGAAAUGUGGAGGAGCUGGAUCAGUGUGAUAAGAGAUUAUUGACACCGGCAGAAGGAAUAGCUUUAAAUGGCAGAGUCUCUGUAGCUGGAGUGAGAUGCGUAAUAGCAAGUGAAACAGUUCCAGGUACCUCAAGCGCUCAAAGUAGUGGCAGUAGUAGCAUGGCCUAUGUGACUGUAGGAUCCAUAAACAUCAUUAUAGUUGUCCUUAUACUCAUUAUUGCAAGUGCAAUUAUAUGCAUCAUGAAGAGGAAAUACAAGAGUAGAGCUCCGGCCCAUUUGACAAGAGUCCCACCACCUGCUAUGGCUCUGCCUAAAAUACCGCCAGAUGCUAAGCUUGCUGAUGAUUAUGAUUAUAACAUGGCAACUGAUAUUGAAGAAUAUGUGUCUGUUGUUGAUACCUAUGAGGUAGAAAAUGUAUACGAAAAAGUCAACCAGGUUGAAGCUACUUCUUUUAAUUAAUUACUUCAUUGCUUUAAGCAUAACAUAUCAAUUGUGAUUGCUAUUGAUUUAUUUUUUAUUGAACAGGAUGUUAUCUCAUACUUUUUUAAGUAAUGAGAAAAUUUUUGAGUAA